AUGGUAAUAGUUCAGCUGAUGCAGUACCACAAUAAGACCUACCUCUUGAACAUUCCAAACUGGGAUUGGCGUCGCGGCGAUGAUGCCAUCUGUGUGGCAGAACUGAAACUAGGCUUCUUGGCUCAGAAUUGUCUAGCUCCAGGAUUUUCCACCCUCCUUGCCAAUCUCUUUACAAUGCGCACCUACCGCAAAUCGGAGAGUCAGGAUGGAAACUGGCUCAACGAUUACAUGGAGGGCGCGGGAAUGGAGAUGUACACAGAACAAUUUUCUCCCUCUUUUGAAAAAAUGACUUUUGCUGCUGCCGCUGAACUCUGUUUCAGUAGACUUCGACUUCUGUUGAUUGCUGUGCAAUGCAAAGGCAGUUUGGAGACCCACAUUGUCAUUAACCCCAACGUAAGUUGUUUUCUCUGGAUUUAA